AUGCCAGGAGAACAGGAAGAUGAUUCCAGGCGGCACAAGAUCACUCGAAUUAGACCUUUUCUAUCCUGUACAGAAUGUAUAAGAAGAAAAGUGAAAUGUGAUAGAAACAAGCCUUGCGGAGCGUGUAAAAGCCGCUCAAAGCGUAAGGAAUGCCUGUUCCCUGCCAGUCUCGAUCAAACCUUUUCGCCGUCACGUCAUGCCGAAUUCUCCCAAAUUCCUUCUCCUAAAAUAUCAUCCAGAGUCAAAAGAAAGAGACAACGAAGCGAGCACGACUGGACUGAGCCGGAAUCAUCCAUAUCGUCCUCUCUUUCUCGCAAUGGGAGGUCUUGGCAAGAUCGGGGUAAUCCCAGCGAAGAUCGAUCUGAUGGAAGAUAUACUGAACAUGCCGUCAAGGACAUGGAGGAUUAUCUCACUGCUGGAGCCAUGUCUGCCAAAUGGACGUUAUCGUCUCAAAACAAUGAAGGAGACAGUCAGUCCGUGCUCCCCCCUUCUGAGAGCGUGAUCGAACGUCUCACGGCGCAGCAAUGUAUCUCGUCCCAUCGUUCUCUUUAUGACCAAGUGCUCAACUCAUUGCCCAAUCGCAAGGAAGCUUUACACUGUUUGGUAGCUAGGUACUUCUCGAACGUAGCUUGGCAUUGGCAUAUUUUACACCGGCAAUCAUUCCUGGAAGAAUAUGAAGCUUUUGGAGUACUGCUCGAUCGAGGUGAACUGCCCCAGGUGGACCCUCUGUGGAUCGCUUGCCUGUUCGGUGUCUUGGCUCAUGCUGCCAAUUCAUUUGACGAGGUUGAUGAAGUUACAGGCAUGUUCUUCCAAGCCAUUGAUCUGGCGGACUUACCUGAUCAGUUUGCUAGAGCUGCGGGAUCAGCUUUGGAGUGUGGAGACUGGCUGGGAAAGGCUCGCAUACGUUCUAUUCAAGCUUUGUCUUUACUCAGUACAUACCUGAUAUUCAACGCUGCUCCAAGUGCUAUCGAAAGGCUGGGACUGUAUUGCAUUUGUGCCAUGAGAAUGUGUCAAGAGCUAGGAAUUCACCUGCUGUCCGAUGACCCCACCAAAAUGCCUCUACCUGAUCCUGCAUUCCCACAACGACCAUCAUUGCUAAAGCGAGAGAUUUCACUCCGACUGUUCUAUAACUGCUUGACACUGGAUCUUCUGCAGCAUCGGCACAGGCCGUUCAUGGAUCCUUCUGAUGUCACUUGCGGUCUUCCGGGGAACUAUGAUGAUGAUCACCUCAGCUUUGAUACAGAAGAUGUGCCUCGGCCUGCACCAUCGCUCACGGAAUCAGCGAUUGAUAUAUUGAGGUAUGAGUCCGCGAAAAUGCAACGCGAAUGGCUCGAUGUCGUCCGAAGGGACAAGAUACCAAGCGAUGAGGUAUUGUUGGACAUCGAUCAAAGGCUUGUGCAAGUACACAAUCGAUAUGCUCUUGGAGACAUGCCUCCCGAUGAGAACAGGCAGAAAACUUGGUCGAAGCUCAUCUCCGUAUACAAUCUCCAUGUGAGGCGAAUGCGAUUUCAUCGUCCAUUCAUUCGAUCGCGCCAAAAUUGCCCAACGCAAAUAUCACUCCGCAAUGCUGUGGAGGAUGCUGCAAAGGGCCUCAUGAUCGCUGCCACCGAGUUGUUCCGCCUUGGUGCUCCACUAGCUCGGGGCAGCUUCUUCCUUUUACAUCUUCAAUCAGCCGUAGUCGUACUUGUACAGAGCUCUUGGUAUACACCUGAAUCGGCGAAAGAGCACCUGGAAGAUGAACUAAUUCGAAACGUACAUCACAUAUUUCAACACUACGCACAAUCUCUUCGAGUGCAGGUUCGGCGUGCGGCGCGGAUAGGAGCGAGAACGAUCAAACUCCUGAUUGAGACUGUCGAAGAUCGCCGGUCGUUUGCUGGAUCCCACGAAAGCUUUAUUCAUGCUUUGAAGAGGAUCGGUGACACUGUCAAAAGAGCAGAAAGGGCACAAGGUCCACCAGCACAUUUAGACACUCAAGACUUGGCGCUAGUCCAGCGCUCGGUAGAUACAUCAAUCCUGCUCCCUGAUCCUGAGUUGGAAGCAUGGAUGUUCGCUUUUAUGAGUGUCUGCGAGAGCUGA